UCAUUGUAGCAGAGUGCUGCUACUCAGAGAUGAAAGCCUUGCCCUUGUGUUGCUCUAAUGGGGUUUUAAGUACAAGCCUUUAUGGAUGAUAAUGUGGAGUAAUGGUGAAAUUGUCUGGGAGGGCUGAAGUCUGGCAGACAGCUGCAUGUAGGCAGCAAUCUAGCAGGCAAUUUACCCUGGACCUUAUGGGCUACUGACAGUUGUGAGCUUUGGAAGUGUCAAUUAGCAAACAUCAAUUUUUAAUCUGUGCUUUAUUAGCCUGCUCAACGUCCACACAUAAAAAAUUACUGUUAUUGCACCUGAGAAAAUAUGCUCUUGGUGCUGACCCACUCAUCCACUCAGGAGUGACCUGCCAAGUGCGUGUCUCUCCUGUGCAUCUAUUAGAAACGUGGAUGCACUGUUGCAUUUGCACGUGUCGCCGCUAAUGCGUGAUGAGGGGAAACCGCUCGGAUGUAUUUUGAGGUCCCGUCGAGGACUGCAGGGACUUGUGGGAAGAUGACCUGAUUUCUCGCUUUCUCCUCUCCUGCCUCGGCUCAGCUGCUACAAACAGAGGAGCCCAGGACUGUGACAACAUGAUCCGACCAGUAUCUGCUCGGAAAAUGGAAUCGGCUUCGGGCGUGAAACUGGAUUUUAUUUGUCAGUGCUGAUGGACGUAGGCGUGCCUGCAGGUGUUUUUCAGUAGAUUAAGGUGAGCAGCCAUGGCUAACCUGCAGCAGGAAUAUCCUGGGGUCCUCCUGGGGAUCCUGGAGGAACUGGCCAAUAUGCGGCAGUGGCUAACGUUCCAGGACCUGUGUCGUAUGGUCAGCAGUCGCUUCGACCUAGAGCACCUCAUUGAGCUCAGGAGCUUGCUCUUUGCUGCUGCCAGCCGAGAUCCCUGCUUCCCAGCUACUCUGUUCAGAGACCGGGUUUCCACCAGAGGCCAGGGGCUAUCACCAAUAGGCGUUGCCGCUGACAUUGUAACUAUAUUCAAUCUUAUUCAGAUGACAGGUGGGGCUGCUGAUGACAGUCAGCCAAUGAGAGCCCAGACGGUCCUUCCUGUGGACCAGUCCCCAGGCCCCAGUCUGCCUGGAAUCCAUCAGCUCAAUAUUCCUGUCCGAGAGAGAGGACGUGCCCACUCCGAUUCUGGUGGCGGACCAAUUGACCAGCACUUGCUACCUCCAAAAUCGAAUUACUCGAUGCGCAAGCGAUCAAGUCUACCCCCCGAUCCACUCUCACUUGUGUUCUCCCCUCCAAUCAGGGCUAGGGCUGUGUCUUUCGACCUGCCUCACACUACACUCUUGUAUCCUAGUGGCCAAAUUCCCAACGAGGUCAUGAAGAAUAUCUACCUGCCUUUGGAAACAGACAGCGAAUCCAGCGGAGACUCUGCACCCAUGGAGGUGUUUGACGCCGAGCAGGAAUCGACCGUCGACCAGAAGAGAAACGUCUUCAGGAAGGACUUUCACAAUCAGCCGCCUCUAAUACCGCAGGUGACUGUUAGCAGUGAGUCUCCGAGUCCCAAUAAGGGGCAGAAAGUGUUUGAAAAUCCAAAUUUUGAAAUUAUUCCAAAUCCGUACCCCUCACCAACGGCGGUCCACCAGUCACCGGAGCAGAGGACUAAACACGAGAGCCUCGAUGACUUGCAGGACUCUACUUAUUUCGGACCUGGCUCAGAAUGGUCCCCGCGUCACCUUCAGCCACCCAGGAACCAGAGAUCUAUCUGGAACAACAAGAGCCACAGUCUAGAGGACCGGAUAAGCUCCAGCAGUGUUGGGAUGGAGAUAGAAACUCCGGGAGGAAAACUUCCAAGAAGAUCAACCCCUGCUAUAAGCACUUUGGGCUCCUCGGGAGGUGAGAGUGUGGAUAGUGGUUUGCCAGUUGUAGUUGAUGGAGUUAAGGCUCAGGCAACCCAAACAGACCCACCAGACCCCCGGCGCCUCCGUAGCCUGGUCCACGCUGAUCGACUCUCCUUCAUGACCUCACUGGACGACCCUGAGUUUGGGGAGGAUGACAUCAGUGCCAUCUUUCGUUUCUUAGACGACAUAAGCAUGUGUGGUUCCACUGGAGUCCUGCACCCCAGCGAUGGCUCAGGAGCCGGUAACCAAGACACUCCAGAGGCCAGACGUGGCCGCCUUGGUCAGCUCCAAAGGCUUUUUCACUCUCUGGAAAGCAGUGACGAUGGGCUAAAGGCUAGUGUCUGUAAACUGCUGCUCCGUAUGAGCCAGAUAGAAAGACAAUUGGAAUCACUGAAUGAUGUAAAGGCUGAGAUUUCCCAAGUGCUGUCUGCUCUCCAGCGACUGGAUGAAAAGAUCCAACAACCUAUUAGCGGUGGUGGACAAGGCUCUGGCGGGCGAUGGCUGGAGCCUCUUAGCGGCGUGUCCUCCUUUAUGAGCCACCCCGUAACUCCCUCAGACUCCUCAGAGCCCCAGCCUCUGUCUGCAUCUGGACAUCUUUUUCCCGGGACCAGCACUAGUAGUCUGGACUGGAGCCGAUGGAACACUCCUGGGGAGCAAAGAGAAAGCAGCAAGGCUCAGGCGGAUUCAAAAGUCGGGAAAGAAGGGAAGAAGGACGCAUCAUCUCGACGUGCCUCCAAAAGUCAUCUUGAAGAGAAGAGUGCCCCCGAGUCCAAACCACUGAAUGCUUCCAACUCUGCAAGAGACUGGACAGUGUCGUUCUCAAAGAACAAAGAACUUUCACAAGGAAAAGUUGGACAGACAGAUCAGUCUGGCAGCACAACUAACCUGCUCCCCCAAAAGCCCUCCACUCUGGUAGAACAAGUGUUUAAUUCGUCACUGUUCCGCCACAAAGACAGCAGUCUGACAGGUGGGCUAACCUCCGGGAAGCUCUUGGACCCAAGACUGGCCGAGGGGAGGGGGAGGCCCGUCUGGACUGUGGACGACAGGGAGGCUCGCAUCUCCUCUUUAGACUUACAGGGCCAGGAGUCUCUAAACCCCAACAACAUGGAGUUCUGGAUGGACGACAUUUACACACCCGGCUACGACGCUCUACUGAGGCGUAAAGAAGCUGGGCUACGCCGGGCCAAGGUCUGCAAGCUCAUUGGGCUCAUUGCCACUGCAGUGACUAUCAUUCUCAUCAUUGUCAUCCCCAUCUGCACCGUGGGCUCGUGAGGACCUUGACCAGCAACAAUCACGUUUGCCAAUUUUGAUUCAAAUUAUUUACAGUAAUUGUCGUUAGCUGCUGCUGUGCAUCCGGAAAAAAUCUAACUAAACAACAGGUUGCCUGUAACUCUUUCGUAAGUUGACUGUAACUUUCGACCAUACAGAUUCAAAAUAGAAAUCUUCUAACUUUUACUUUAGAUCAACUUAAUGAAGAUAUUUUUCUUUUACAUGCAACCUGUCGUUUCGGAUUCAUUUUUUGAGUGUGCACCCAGGAACCUGCACCCCAUUCUCAUGGAGACAAGCAGAUGAAAGACUGUUACUCCAAGAAUCUAAACAUGGAUUAGUGAUCACGUAAUAUUCAGUGGCGCCUUACAUUUAUCUGCAUGCAGACAUAGGACAUACAGCACGACUGCAACUGUAGCCUAUUUGAAAUCAUACAGAUUCUUCAUCAUGCAGAGUGUGAAGCCCUUUUCCUCCAUUUACAGCCAUUUUUUGAUGUGAUGUGUGAUCUGAUUAAUAUCAGGUGGCUGCAGAAUCAGUUAGGGAUGAACAUUUUGUAUAGCUAAACUAACUCUCAGACCAUUUGUUCAAACAGCCAAUACUGAGCCAAUGUAAAUGUGUCAGUUUCUUAUUUCAUUUGUUUUUUCACUUGUUUUGAGAAUAUCUCUAUUACAGAUACAUUGUGAAUCAG